AUGAUGCUUGAUUUGACGGUUCUCUUGUUUGUCUUGAAGUAUGCUGAUCUUCGCAUGUUCUCAUGUGAAUUCAAUCUACAUGGACAAUUUGAUGAUAUCGAUGACUCCAAAAGAGAAGAGCUCUUGGCAGAUGCAGACAAUGAUGUCGAUGAUCUGCCAGAACUCACUAUCAGAUUCCAAGGAGAUGACGACUAUGAAUCAGACGACGAUUUGGGUGAUGAAGGCGAUGAAGAGGAAGAACCUAUUGUGGCUGAUUUGGAUCACCAUCAAGAAAAUGUCAAUAGCGGAACCAAUGAUAUUGGGAGCCUUGUCACUGAUCUGGAGGACCUACAAGAGCCACCAGAAGAAGAGAUUGUAUUUGAGCCUGAAGAGCCUCAAGUAGCAAAAGUCACUCGAUCUGGGCAAACGUUUGCGUUUCCCAAGUUGCAAAGAGACCAAGAGAAUGGCCUUCGAGCAGGAGUGGCAGUUCUGCCAAUAAAGGCCAAGUUUGAUACUGAUGAAGGUCUGAACUUCAUUCAACAGUAUUACAUCAAUCAAGGACUGAAGAAGUUUGGUGAUGAUGGAAAGGAUGCUGUGGAUAAGGAAUUGAGACCAAUGCUCCUGAGAGAUUGUUUCACUCCUGAAUUUGUUAAAGACAUGACCGCUUCUGAGCAAAAGAAGGCUCAAUCAGCGAUGAUGUUACUCACGGAGAAGCAAUUCAAAAAGACGAUUAAAGGUUGCCUAGUAUACCGAGGCGAUUGA